GUGCUAUGCGGAACUCGAGACUGGACAGCAGACGGCUUCGACGCUAUGAUGGGGGUAAACUAUGUGGGCCACUUUCUUCUGACAGUUCUUCUGCUGGACAAAUUGUCCAGAUGCCCAGAUGGUCCAGCGCGUGUGAUCAACAUUGUAUGUGGCAGCUGUAAAAAAGGUAAUUUGGCCAACUUGUGGAACUUGGAAGGUCAGAGGGAUGGAAACUACUCCUUCCGACACCACUACCAUAAUUCCAAGCUUGCACAGUAUAUUUUCACCAAAGAGCUAAGUCGAAGGUUCCGUUCUGUGGGAAUACUAGCUUUUGCAGUUAAUCCAGGUCUGGUAUCCUCUGGAUUGUACAAGGCACUGAAAGGCAUUUCAGGCCAACUGACCCAGAUUUGUGCUAAAGUUCUCUAUCGUACUCCUGAGGAAGGGAUCCAAACGAUACUUCACUGUCUUCUAGCAAAAGGAAUCGAACCAAAUUCUGGCGCUCUUUUUCGUGACUGUCGAGUGCAAGACAUCAAUGUUCCAAAGUGGGAUGACCAAGUAGCCAAAGAAUUAUGGGAGAAUACUUGUCGGCUGAUAAAACAGAAAGGUAUACCUAUCACAUUAAAGGAAAACGAUGACGAAGGAAUCAGUUAAAUCCACCGUUACUGUCUGAUAUUUUUUCUAAAUGUCACGUUUGUUUUCUUUUUAAAAAGUAAUUCUUGGUUGCAUUAUAAGUUUGCUUGUGUAUAUCAACGCUACUUACUUACGUAAUAUGGAGCUAAUACAAGUUAAUUUUAUUUAUAAUACUGUGUACAAUCCACAGUCAGGCUCUGAAUAGAAAUGUAGCAAAUUUUUAGAUGCAAUUGAAUUUGUCAGAUAAAGUUUUUUCGGUGUUUAUUGAGAAAAGAAACAACCUGCAGAGUUCUAGGGAAUGUUUUAAUUUCAUAUUACAUGUAUUGCAAAACUUUUUUUUAUGUUUGCAAAAAUUAAUGUUUUCUGUCACUUUUAGUGAAUUAUUAAUUCUUUAGGUUACUUUUGUCUUUUUUUUAACGUGUUUUCAUGACGUAACGUUGUAAUAAGUUUUGUAAGCCAUGAAUACAUUUCA